AAAAAAAAGUCAAAAAACGAACUCUGGAAUUCGGGGUCGAGCCAGUGAAGAAUGGGCAACCCGAUAAUGGAGAGGACAAUUCUGAUACAAGAAAGGCACUGGAAGAAGAAAAUGAUCGAUUAAAUCAAGAAAUUCAGGAAAAGGAUAAACAGGAGCAGCUGAUGAAAUCCAAGCUUGAGGUAGUUGAGGCUGAAAAUGCGAGAUUGAAGCGUGAAUUAGAAGAAAAGAAGGAGCUAACCAAGUCCUUGCUGGACGUAAUUGGUGCUGUAAAUCAACGACAAGUGUCUCCUACUAAUAUGGAACCAUUGCUGGCCCAAAUUAAACUGGUAGUGGAUGGAUUUGUCUCCCUGAAUCGAAAGGUGGAUGAGGUUCAACAAAAUAUAACUCAACCUCCAGGCACACACGUUUAUGCGCAGCCGCAACACAAUAGAUUGACAAAUCAAGGCUCUCAGGCUGCUGCGACUACACUGCCGGUGACUCAGCCAGCUGGCACAAGUAGAACGCAGCAGACAUUUCAAUCACCGGGAACGUUCACUGAGAAUUCUGAUGGAUUUCAAGAUUCCUUGUGGGAGGAACUAUUGGACCAAACUUCACCUACAAUCGAUGUGUCACCAGAGUUCCGUUUAUCUCCACCGCGAGUCCCAGUUGAUGACUUUUUCUCUGAAGCUCGUUUUAUGUUUGCCAAGAUAAGAAAAAGUGUACUUGUACAGAAGCGCCCAAGGAGCACAGGGCAAACUAUUCUUUCGCCUUCUACUAAAGAAUACAGUCGCAUUGCUGCAUCACUUGCGGCUAGAAAUGACCCAUUAAAGCCUGAAAUUCAGGAAAAACAAGAGCCAUGUCAGGAGGAGCAGCUGAUGAAGUCCAAUAUAGGGGCAUUUGAAGCUGCUAAUAAGAGGUUGAAGGAUGAAAUUAAAGAAAGAGAACGACGAAUGAAGUUCAAUCUAAGGGCGUUUUUGGUUGAUUAUAGGAUAUUUAUGAAUCAAAUUGAAGCAAAGGGAAUCGUAAUGAUUACAUUUGAGAAUGAAAAGGGGCGAUUGGAGCAUGAUAUUGAAGAACAGAAAAGGCUUAUGAAGUCCAAUAUGGAGGCAUUUGAGGCUAAAAAUGGCCAUUUGAAGCUUGAAAUUGGAGAAAAGGAACAGCCAAUGAAGUACAAUCUGGAGGCAUUUGAGGCCCAAAAUGCAAGCCAAGAGAUGUGCCUUCCCAAUUCUUCUAGGAUUGCCCAUUUUGAUUCCAAGGAAGAUGAUGUGUUCUAGCAAUUUAUGUAUUCUUUUGUUGUAUGUAUCCAUGCAUCUAGUGUUGAGGAAACUCUUCAUGAACGCAUACAUGAAUUGCAUGGAGCUUGGACCUUGAAUGUAUCAUGUCAGUAGAUAACGGCCAGUAGUUGGUUUUGAUCAACAUUGUAAAAAACAGUAGAGAGACUGUGAGUGUGAGUUGCAACAACAGCAGGAAAGCUACUAGAGGAGUUAUGGUUCUGUUUGAUGAUCAAUAGUGAUUUUGUUUCCAAUUCCUCUUGAUACUGGUUUUUUCCCCUUAAGGAAUUUUCACAUUAAAAAAUCUAGUGUCUU